CCUCAUCCUCGGUUCAUUUUUAGUUCCAAAGUGCACCUUCUGUUUUCCUGGAUCGUCAAUGCCUUGUAAAUUCAAAUUGCUUAUCUCGACAAUCUCCGCCACUGCAGCUACUAAACACAAGGGGGGAUUUAUGAUAAUCAGUUUCGUCGAGGUGUUUUUUUUCCUUCCUUUCGUUUUGUGAUUUUUUUUUUCUCUUCUCAAUUGCAUUUCUGACCCAAACCAAUAAGCGCACCGCUCAGACUUCUAGCGUUUUUCCCACCCAUUGAUCUCCUAAACCACCAUUUGUAAACAUUAAAAUAAACAGACAGCCUUUCCAAAUGCGGAGGGGGGAUAUGAGGUGUGGAAAUUAGCGCCACGGCAACCCAGGAAGCGUGGAGAGGAGAAGAAUGAAGCCAUGAUUACCGUCAGUACUAGUCUGCUACUCUGAGCCUCAUCGUUCCCAGUCUUCUACAGCUGCUUGUCGGACUGCUUUGUUGCACUGGACUGCCUGCGUAAUGCAGAAAGCCAUGGCUGGGGAAAAUGGCUGCCGCAACUUGAUCAACGCUCAGUGCCUGGCAAGCCUGCUGCAGCGUGGAGUGGAGCAAACCUUGGUCAUCGACAGCCGGACCUUCUCAGAGUACAACGCCUCUCAUGUUCUCAGCUCUGUCAACAUAUGCUGCUCCAAACUGGUUAAGCGCCGUCUGCAGCAAGACAAAGUCUCAAUCACUGAACUUAUCCAGCCCAACUCUAAGAUUAAGAUGGAUGUGAACAGAAAGCAGGAAGUGGUAGUCUAUGAUCAGUGCACAAAGGACCCCAGCUCGCUCUCCACGGACAGCUUUGUCUACAUCCUUCUUUGCAAACUGGAGAGCAGUUUCCAUCGAGUGUCACUCCUCACAGGUGGCUUCGCUGCUUUCUCCUCUUGUUUCCCUGCACUUUGUGAGGGCAAGCCGGCAAGCAUCUUACCAAUGAGUCUCUCCCAGCCGUGCUUACCAGUCGCCAACGUCGGUCCGACACGCAUCUUGCCUCAUCUCUAUCUGGGAUCACAAAAAGAUGUUUUAAAUAAGGACCUGAUGGCCCAGAAUGGCAUCACCUUCGUCCUGAACGCCAGCAACACCUGCCCGAAACCAGACUUCAUUUCUGAGAGCCACUUCAUGCGUAUCCCAGUGAAUGACAACUACUGUGAAAAGCUUUUGCCCUGGCUGGACAAAACGAACGAGUUUAUUGAUAAAGCGAAACUUUCCAACUGUCGAGUGAUUGUUCACUGUCUGGCUGGAAUUUCGAGGUCCGCUACGAUCGCCAUUGCCUACAUCAUGAAGACGAUGGGCUUAUCUUCAGAUGAUGCGUACAGGUUUGUAAAAGAUCGGAGGCCCUCAAUAUCCCCCAACUUUAACUUUCUGGGGCAGCUUCUAGAGUACGAGAAGGGCAUGAAGCUGCUAAAAGCCUGGUCCACUUCCUCCAGCAAGUCCCUGGCCGAGAAACCGGAAUUAGUUGUGGAUCCGGAAGAAUCAUCACAGACUCUGACUGGCAUCGCCACCCAGGAGAACGGCUGCUCUACCUCACUGGCUUCCGAAACGGAGCCCGACGCAAAGAGUUCAGAUGUUCAGCCUGAUUCCGAGAAAGGGGAAUCCAAGCUGGCCUCCCCCAUCACACUCCAGCAGGGACUGAAUGGACUGCACCUCUCCGCGGAACGAAUUCUUGACACCAACCGUCUGAAACGCUCGUUUUCUCUGGAUAUCAAAUCGGCGUAUUCUACCACCCAUUGUCCAAGGACACCUACUGUCGCCAGUCCCAUCGAUUCAGAAGAUGUCCCAAAGCUGUGUAAGUUAGAUAGCCCGAGCGGAAGUAACGGUUUCUGUCAGUUCUCACCGGUCCUGGAUAGUCCCGGGACAAACGAGCCAAGCAGUGAGGCUAAGGUACGACAGAGAAGGAAAUCAAAGCACAAUGGAAACACGGGGGCUGCAUCGGCGACUUCCCCAGCACACUCGUUAAGCUUGAACUUCAGCAGGACGGGCUCCUUGCACAAGAGCCCGAGCCUCGAUGAAAAUCUGAAGACCUCCGUUUUGCUUGGUCUGCCCAAUGGCCAUCAGCCUGUUGUAGGGCCCAGCGGGAGAAAUGUGUGGACCAAGCACAGAGAGACGGUACAGGCCACCACUCCCGGUACCCCGACUGGCGAGAACCCUUGGUUCUUCAAUACGGACUCUCAGCCCAGCAGUAGCAGUUCCACGCUGUUUGGUGGCAGCUCAUCUUACACGGCCUACAGCUGCAGCGGGCUGCCCAGCAGUUGUGAGGCGGUCCGUCUGCGGGACAAACCUCAAGAGCACUGUGACUCGAGAGCCAGCUGGCACGAAGACAGUAGCACAUCCGUGGACAAGCAGUUCAAACGAAGGAGCUGCCAAAUGGAGUUUGAGGAAGGCAUCUCGGAAUCCAGGUCCAGGGAGGACUUGGGGAAAAUCGGCAAGCAGUCAAGUUUUUCCGGGAGCAUGGAAAUCAUUGAGGUCUCCUGACAGUCGCAUAGAAGGAUGGGAACAAAAUAAUGUUGAAGAACACUGGGAGUGUGGCGACGGGACGGGACGGGAUGGGACGGGGUUAAUUUAUAAUUGUUUGCAUUAAUGUUAUGAAAAGAAAAAAAAACAAAUUGAAAAAAUGAGUUUAGGUUUGCGCCUCCUUGUCUCUGAGUAUGCCUGGAACGCUGAAAUCGAGAUGGCCCGGGGUUCAUUUGUAAGAGACGUCAACCCUGAAGUAAACCACGCUUGACGAAAAUCAGGCGAGAAUAGAUUUUAGUUUUUAGACAUAGCGUUACGGCAAAAUACAAUUCCGAGCAAGGCCGGUUCGGGUCUGUCGUUUAUGAAAAGGAUGUUAGUACAGAAAUCUGCACUGCGGCAUAACUGAAUUGACGGUGAGCCCACCGCACGUGAGAAAUGACAGAUCAACAGAAGCAGCAGCAGCACGUUACGACGCCUGCGACUCAUUGUGGUGCCAACCCGCUCCGACAGGCCCGAAUCCAUCCUUCUCUGACAUCUCAGUUACCCGAGUGAAAUUUGAAAACAUCCAAGAUGAUUGGUUUUUAUGUUGUUCUCGCUCUUAUUUGAUUUCAUUUUGGGGAGAAGGAGCCGCAGACUCUGUUAAUGUUCCUCCUAACGUAUAUUUCUAGGCAUGCUCAGAACAAAUGGAUACAGACCACCGUAUGCUACAAAUCGGCAACAAGCUCAUAUAUGUAUGUAUAUAUAUAUACAU